UCAUUGGAUGUAAGCUUCCAUAAGCUCUGUCCUGCCUUAGCCACAAGGCAUAAGGUCAAGGUUAAGGUUGUCAAAUACCCACCAUCUCUUUAGAGUUUAGACCAAUUCUCCUUUUGAACUCUUCAUUUUUCCCCUGCUACUGAAAGGAUCAUCGACUAUUGCCAAGAUCAAGACCUCUUCACUGAGAGUGAAAGAAGCAAUACGACGAUGUCAUUUCAAAUUCACUCCAUCAGGAAACUUCCUUUCUUCUUCUUCUUCUUCACUUCAAGAUCGUCGCCUAAAGUUAGUUCGAGGAUUUCUCCAUCUUCUUCAGCUUUCUUCUCUACCAGCAUUGUUGGAGCAGAAGACCCUAUUCUUGUUAGAGAUUAUAUUCAUUCAGCUCUCUACGAUCCAAACUAUGGGUAUUUCUCUAAAAGAUCGGGUUCUGUUGGAAUGCUCGAAACAAGCAUCAAAUUCAAUAAACUUGAAGGCAGGAGGGCUUACUUGCGGCACUUGGAUAAGAUUUACAAGCAGAGUGAUAUAUCAUGGUUUACUCCAGUGGAGCUCUUUAAGCCCUGGUAUGCUCAUGGAAUUGCUGAAGCCAUUAUGAGAACGGCUAAUCUUUCAGUUCCACUAAAAAUAUAUGAAAUCGGAGGUGGAUCAGGAAGCUGUGCAAAGAACAUAAUGGAUUACAUUAUGCUGAAUGCCCCGUCAAGAGUUUAUAAUAGCAUGACAUACAUCUCAGUAGAAAUUAGUUCUUCAUUGGCCAAGAAGCAACUAGAAACUGUUGGGGAGGUUCGUAGUCACUUAUCAAAGUAUCGAGUUGAAUGUCGUGAUGCUGCAGACCGAAGUGGAUGGGGGGAUGCGGACCUGCAGCCUUGUUGGGUGAUAAUGCUUGAGGUGCUUGAUAAUCUUCCUCACGAUCUUGUAUAUUCGGAAAAUCAAGUUUCGCCAUGGCAGGAAGUAUGGCUCCAGAAGCAACGAGACAGCUCGAAUAUCUCUGAGAUCUAUAAGCCACUACAAGAUCAACUGAUCAAGAGUUGUAUUGAUAUAAUUGAUCUGGAGAAGGACCACACUACUGGGGGAUCCAGAGGGAUCACAGCAGCAAGAAAUAUUUGGUCUAAAGCUUUCCCAAAACCCCGAAGAUCUUGGUUGCCAACUGGCUGUAUGCAACUUUUAGAGGUUUUGCAUGGGGCACUACCGAAGAUGUCUUUGAUUGCUUCUGAUUUCAGUUACCUUCCUGAUGUCAGAAUACCUGGCGAAAGAGCUCCUUUGGUUUCUACCAAGAAAGACGGUAGCAGUACGGAUUAUAACAGCUAUUUAGAUGCAAAGGGUGAUGCUGACAUCUUUUUCCCAACGGAUUUCUGGCUUUUGGAACGGAUGGACCAUUAUUGUUCUGGCUGGAAGCCUGAUGUAAAAGAUCAAGCCUCUAAGAAAGGAAAGAAAAGAAGAACAAUCACUCUUGGUACAGAUCAAUUUAUGGAGGAAUUCGGCCUCCCCACAAAGACAAGGACCAAAGAUGGAUAUAACCCACUUCUAGACGAUUUCACUAAUACCAAGUUUUAUAUCAGUGUGCCAACACACAAUACAAAAUGAAGUCCUGCCUUUCCUACUGGAAAUUUUUGGAUCACAAAGCCAGAAUUUAUAUUUACCUUUUAAUAAAAAUAUUUUUCAUUUAACACACAAGUUUCCACUUUCCAUAAAAUAACAAAUAGUUAGUCUCUUUUUUUAUUCUUUAUCGUUCA